AUGGUGAAACAGAACUCAAACAAUAGCAACAACUGCGAGAUCAUAAAACUUGAAACCUUAAACACAAUAGUCAUAAAACCCUCCAAACCCACACCACCACACCUUAAAACCUUCAAACUCUCUUUACUCGACCAACUUUCACCCAAUAUCCAUGGCAACACCACUUUCUUCUACCCAAACCAUUCUUCUGAUUCUUCUUUCUCCCGAAAAUCAAAACUUCUUCAUAACUCACUCUCACAAACACUAUCCCUUUUUUACCCUCUAGCCGGACGUGUCCAAGACGCCACCACCAUUAACUGCACCGACGAUGGCGUUUUCUUCAUCGAAUCACAAACCACCAGCAAUCUCUCCGAUAUCCUCACAAACCCUAAUUUCAACACGCUUGAAUGCUUCCUCCCAACUACCCAAGAAAAACAAAACAUGCUCUUAGUAAUCCGUUUCACUUUGUUCAGUUGUGGUUCCACCGCAAUUACCGUGUCCCUUACACAUAAGAUCGUUGACUUUAACACACUCAUCACAUUCCUAACCACUUGGACCGUCGUCUGCGGCGGAACACAACCGGUUUCACUCCCGGACUUAACCACUGCAGCCACUCUCUUUCCGGCGAGAGAAAUUCCUGGUAUGUCUGCUUCCAUUAAAACUUCAACCAAAAUAUUCACUUCUAGAAGAUUCAUUUUCGAAGCUUCGAAAAUAGAAGAACUCAAGAGAAAAAUCAAAAGCAAAAUAGAAUGCCAAAACGAGCUUCAGUUUCAUCCUUCUAGGGUUGAAGUUGUUCUAGCUCUCAUUUGGAAAUGUGCUCUUUCAGCAUCUUCUCGUUCAAAAACGACGUCGUUUAAGCAGCGUUCGAUAUUGUUCCAAGCAGUGAACCUCCGUCCAAGAAUGGACCCCACCAUUCCAGAAACCGCCGUCGGAAACUUGGUGUGGCCGUUUGCGGUGACGGUAGAAGAAGAGAGCCAUGUAGCGUUGCAUGAGAUGGUGAAAAGAAUGAGGAAGGGUAUAAUGGAAUUUAUAGAAAAGAAAGCAGAGAAGUUUAAAGAGGAAGGUGGGUUUAAAGUGGUGAUGGAGAGUUUGAAAGAGAGGGUUGAGAUUUUGAAAGGGAAUAAUAAGAAUGAGAAUGAGGAGGGUAGUUUGGUAAUUUACAAAUGUUCGAGUUGGUGUAAAUUUCCAUUGCUUGAGUUUGACUUUGAGUGGGGAAAGCCUGUGUGGAGUUGCAGUGUGAAUAAUUUGGUGAGUAAUACGAUUGCUUUGAUGGAUACAAAAGAUGGUGGUGGAGUUGAAGCUUUUGUUACUCUUGAUGAGGAUGAGAUGGGGUUUUUUGAACAAGAUCAAGAGUUGCUACAAUAUGCUUUGCUUAAUCCUACAAUUAUCAUUUGA